CGCGACAGAAGCAUCUGCACAAUGAUCAGCGCGAGAUCAAAUACCAAAUAAGACCUAAAAUCCGAAACACCUAAAACCGUGGAGGAAAAGCAUUAGGAUAAGAGACUAUUGCAUGUAUUAUUAAUUGAACAAAAAACUGAUACAAUGCAUUGCAGAGGGAAGACAAAGAAAUGGAUGUGGGAAUAGGCGUGACAGUGUGCUUGCAUUAAUUUGCUCAAUGUAAAUGCAUCUCAUUUACAGCGAAUUGGGUUGAGUGUCCAUCAGUGUACGUGUAAACAUGAGCUCUGGUAUGCAGGAACAUGAACAAAGGGCGAGAUUUCAGCACUUCCUGUCGGAGCUUGCAAUACUGGGUUCUUUACAGGGCUUCCAUUAUUUUCAGCCCUGGCUAAGAGGGAGAGAGGAACUUCUGCUGACUGUGGUCAAUGAUGACUUGAGAUGGCGUUCUCCUGGGUUCGCCGUGUCUGUGGCCUCCACCUUUACCAGCUCAACCUGCAGUAGCAGUUACAGUCUGGACAGCGACUACGCCAGCUCGCCUUUAGCAGGAGAAGGGCCACCUCCACAGUACAAACCAGAGACACCAGACGCCACACAGCAACAAACUCCCAGCAGGAAUGUUGAUUCUCAUCUUCUCCCAGCCUCACCCAGUGAGAGAGAGAUCGCUGUUCCUGAAAUGAACUGCACCCUGUUCUUGUUAGCCGGCUAUGCCAAGUAUGGGCAACCUUAUGUCUGGAUUCGAUCCAAUCAUGAGCGCCUAGUAAACGUCGGAGGAACUGAUACGCUAGUCAAAGAUACACCAAUGAAGCUGAAGUCCAUCACAGACUGGGUUUCAACAUCCCAAGGAACUCAUGUAUGGGAUGUAGUGAGUGAGUUGGUGGGACUGUGCACCAUGCCGCCUCCCGACAACCCCUUCUCUUUGGACAUGCGCUACCUCCAAACCCUGUCCCUCCCAGAGCGCUUCCUUGUCACUGGGGCACUCCUGAAUUUCCUGGAGAUGAUUGUGGUUCAGGGAAGCCGAGAGGAACCGUUCUAUGAUCUGGUUGUGGAAGAGUUGAAGCCACUGAGACGACUUCAUUUCCAAAGCCUCUCUGAGGUACAAAGGUUUCAAGGCAGCGACAGGACUCCAAGUCCUUUAUUCGCCAAUUGAAACGGGUACUUCAAAAAAAAUCAACAACAUCCAAGGGUAUUAAACUCCAAAGGAUCACCGUUUUUACUAUCUGGCCUAAAACUCCUAGAAUCUAAUAUUGUAACAAUCUGAACCAUGAACUAACCUGUUUUGUUAUUUAUUUAUUUUUUAUAUUAAAGACCAUUCAUUUAUGUACAAACAAAGAGGUUUAAUAAUGACAGCUUUAGCCCGGUGACUGUAAGCUUCUAAAUGUCAGCCAUUGCAUGUUUUUGUGAACCACGUACGUCUUUGAAAAGUUACUAAAUCAGACGAGAAUACUUUAAUCCCUCACAUUAAAAGAU